CGAAAAUCUUGCUCUUAAUCACAAUUCCCGAUCAACCCACAUAUUUGAUUUUUUUCGCUUCUUUUUCUCACAGCAUUCAACCACCCAAAUUCCGAAUCUCUCACUCUCUAUUCCCCGAGUUUAGACUCAGACAACCCCAAUGAACGAUCUCGAGCGAGUCAAAAAGGACGACCCGUUUCUCGUGCAGUACCAGCCCUCUGAACUCAGAAUCGCCUCCGAGUUCUUGACCACGUGGUUCCCUUUCCUUUCAAGAGGUCUCUGCCACCGAUGCACCCAAACCCUCUCCCGACGAAUCCGUUCUCUCGACCCAGAACUUGAAGGAGGUGUUGAGCUGGCCAAAACAGAUUUGAAUGCAACCCGUUCUACUCCCCUUAAUAAAGAAUCACACGACAUAAAUGAGAAUUAUCAUGAUAACUGUGACGCAAAUUCGAUCAUAAGUUCAAAAGAUGAAGAAGAUACUAACUCAUUGGGUAGUUGGAAAGAUGAGGCAAAUGGGUUGUCUGAACCCAUUGAAGAAGCAUCCACUAGUGGUGGAGUUGCCAGUGGGUCGCAUUUGGUUCAAACCUCAGUUCCUCGUCUAUCAUGGGCAGACAUGGCACAGGAAGAUGAGCUUGAUGAAGUAGAAGAAGAAAAGCAAAGGCAGUCAGAGUCAAGGAAGCGAAUUGUUAAUUUAACUGCUUCCACUGGGCAGUUGAGGAUAUCCAAGGUUGUUGAGAAGCCUAAAUUGUCUAGGGAUCAGAGAGAGUGCAUUAGGUUUAUGAAUGUGAAGAGGAAGAAAGAUUUUAUAUGUUUCGAAAGAGUUAAAGGGAAGUUUGUAAAUAUUCUCGAGGGUCUUGAACUUCACAUGGGAAUUUUCAGUGCUGCAGAGCAGAAGAGGAUAGUUGACCAUGUUUAUAAGCUUGAGGAGAUGGGGAGAAAUGGAGAGUUGAAAGAACGCACAUUUACAGCAUCGCAAAAAUGGAUGAGGGGAAAAGGACGUGUAACCAUCCAAUUUGGUUGCUGUUACAAUUAUGCAAUGGACAAAAAUGGUAGCGCGCCUGGCAUUCUUCAAAAUGAAGUUGUAGAUCCUAUACCUGAUCUUUUCAAGGUGAUCAUUAGAAGGCUGAUCAGAUGGCAUGUGCUUCCUUCAACGUGUGUGCCUGACAGUUGUAUUGUUAAUAUUUAUGAAGAAAGCGACUGCAUACCUCCUCACAUUGACAACCAUGAUUUUGUUAGACCAUUCUGUACUGUGUCAUUUCUUAGUGAGUGCAACAUGGUUUUCGGGUCAAAUUUGAAGGUUGUAGGGGCUGGCGAGUUUUCUGGUUCAAUUGCGAUUCCCCUACCUGUGGGAUCAGUUCUGGUUUUAAAUGGAAAUGGAGCAGACAUUGCUAAACAUUGUGUGCCUGCAGUUCCUACAAAGAGGAUAUCGAUCACAUUUAGGAGAAUGGAUGAAUUGAAACGGCCAACAGGAUAUGCUCCAGAAUCUGACUUGCAAGGAAUUGAACCAUUGUCUUAUGAUUCAGAGAAACCAAAGAGAUUAAACUCUCCCAAAUCUGAUCACCAUGUUAAAAGGCAACCAUUUAGAAGAUGGGGUAGAAAGGAGGCCAGAGGGUUAACCAAGAGUAAUGAGCAAUUGGAGCCUCGAAGAGUCCCUGCAAAAUAAGAGAAGUAUCACAAUGAAUCAGGGCAGCAGCUGAUGAGUUGCUGAAUGUCUGUCAAUUGUGGACAUUAGGAUUCUCUGUUCAAGUUAUCAAGCAUUUCAGUGUUUGUGAAGGUAUAAAAUCUUUAUUAUUAUUAUUUUAAAGCCCUCGUAGAGAGGCUGUUAGGGAAGAAUCUCGUGCUUGAUUUUAGGAUUAUACAUUGUGGCAGUUGACAAGACAAGAUUUAUACUUGAAUAAAUUCAUAUACCUGUAACUUUGGAGGGCGUGUAUUGAUGUCACAUUCUGAAAAUCAUGCAUCGGGUUCACAACUGGAUUCCUGCUUCGGACCCUAUGGUUGGCUUAACACGGGUGGAGGUGCUUGCUUAAUUUUGAUGGAUUUCAGUUAAUAGCAUUGGUUGUACUUUUAAGUACUGAGGAACAUGAGAUUCUGUACUCUCUUUUUCUUUUACCACUGAGUGAGUUAUGUUUCAUGAGGUUCUAUAAAACGAUUUGUUAAGUAAAUCACUCGAAGUUUUUAUGAUAAAAUAUGUUCAUCAU